CGUCGUCCGCUCCAAAAGAUAAGACAUUCAGUUCCCAAACAGACUCUCUCUCUCUCUCUUGUUUUUCUUGGUUGUGUUGAUCUGCACCUGGGGUUCUGAGGGCUGGAGUGUGUGAAAUCCGCCAUGGCGGAAGUGAUAAAGGAAUUUUCCGGUGCCGGAAACUUGAUUUCCGAUCUCAAGAGCCUGUUUUCCGUCCUUCGAGCCAGAAGAACAAUGCUCUUCGCUUAUGUGUUCAUGUUCACUUUUGUUGCCUGUACUGCCUUUAUUGCUUUCAGUCCUUCUGCGAGUUCUUCUCCUUGGUUCACUAACAUCUUCGGCUCUUCUUCCUCUUCUUCCACUACCGAUUCUUCUCCAUACAGAUCUCAGUUUUCUUCUAUUUUCUCCUACCUUUUCCCCAACUCUUCCCAACCCGUCUACGAUUCCACUCCUAUGCCUCUACAAAGUAGUCUAAACACCUCCGCAUCUCGUAACACUACGAUCUUAACGCCUCAAGGAGUUAAUGGACAAAGUUCAAGUCCGAAAAACCAGUCUCGGAUUGCACCACAGACUGCACCAAGGUUACAACAGUCGCAGGUUGCACCACCGACGCCGACGCCGACGCCGACGCCUUUGAUAUCACAGUCCAUCGAUAAGAAACAAGAGAACCCAGCGAAGAUCAACGCUAGUGCUGCUGCUGUACCGCUUUCUCGAACGGAGAAUAGGACAGAGAGCUUGGUUUCAUCUUCCAAGUCUGAUGGGAAGGUGGGUCUUGUUAAAAAUGGGACUGACAAAGUGGUGGCAACGCAGCCGAGAGCGACGAAUCUUACGGCUUCGCUGUCGAAGGGGAAUAAUGGGUCUUCAGCUGAGGGUUCGACAGUGAAGCAAGUGAAGGAUAACUCAAUGGAGUCUCUGAUGCAUUGUAACAUCUUUGAUGGGAGAUGGGUGAGGGAUGAUUCUUACCCGCUUUAUCCACCUGGGUCUUGCCCUCACAUUGAUGAGUCUUUUAAUUGCUUUCUCAACAGUAGGCCUGAUGGAGAUUAUCAGAAACUCAGAUGGCAACCCAACGGUUGCAAUAUCCCAAGAUUGAAUGGGAGAGAUAUGUUAGAAUUGUUGAGAGGAAAACGCCUAGUUUUUGUCGGUGAUUCUCUAAAUAGGAAUAUGUGGGAAUCUCUGGUUUGCAUUCUUAGACACUCGGUGAAAGAUAAAAGCAGGGUCUUUGAAGCUUCUGGUAGACACGAAUUUCGAACUGAGGGUGCUUACUCUUUCAUAUUCAGAGAUUAUAACUGCUCCGUGGAUUUCUUCCGAUCUCCUUUCCUGGUUCAAGAAUGGGAAAUGCCAGACACUAAUGGAUCCAAGCAUGAAACUCUUCGGCUGGAUAUAAUUGAGAGAAAGUCUGAUAGGUACAAAACAGCAGACAUCAUCAUCUUCAACACGGGUCACUGGUGGACUCACGAGAAGACUUCUAAAGGGAAGGAUUAUUACCAAGAGGGAAGCCAUGUUUAUGGAGAGCUGAAUGUUGUUGAGGCGUUUCGGAGAGCUUUGACAACAUGGGCGAGAUGGGUUGAUGCCAAAAUAGAUCCCAAGAAAACCAUGGUUUUCUUCAGGGGCUACUCUGCCUCCCAUUUCAGUGGUGGACAGUGGAAUUCGGGUGGGCAAUGCGACCAUGAGACUGAACCCAUAAAGAAUGAGACUUAUCUGACCCCUUAUCCCCCAAAGAUGAGAGUGCUGGAGAAUGUAAUGAAAGGGAUGAAGACACCCGUUUUCUACUUGAAUAUUACAAGAAUGACUGAUUACAGGAAGGAUGCACACCCGUCAAUCUACAGAAAGCAGAGUUUGACGGAGGAAGAAAGGAAGUCUCCAUUAAGGUACCAGGAUUGCAGCCAUUGGUGCCUCCCUGGAGUGCCUGAUUCGUGGAAUGAGCUCCUGUAUGCUGAGCUCUUGAUCAGACAUAACCAGAAGUUGCAGCAACGGCAACACCAGCAACAGAAGAAAUCUUAAAGGUAGAGAAGAAACACAGAUUAGAAGCUCAUGAUUAAUUAAUUAGCAAAUUAAUGGGCAUAUGUAUUAUAUUGUUUUUGGAAAGACAGAAAUAACCCUUUAGAAGAUCCAAGAAAGAGCCUUCUUUUAUUAUUAUGAAAUAGAAAGAGGAGGGAAAUUGAGGGAGAAGUGGAGUGGGUUUUAUUUGAGAGAGUGAGGUCUGAGCUGUGACAAAGAAAAAGGUCAGGUGAUGAUGUUGGGUCUGAUGCUUGUGGUCUUGGAGCGUAGCUUCUCUUUCUCUCUCCACUCCUUAUGAUAUAUUCUUUUUUGAGCCCAAGGGCUUAGGUUGUAAAUUUUCGUCUUCAGUUUGUUUAAUGAAAAAAUAAAAUAGUAUUCCGUAAGGGUGUAAUGUUCAGUUUAUUUCAUUUUUUUACUUGAA